CAAUUCUCCACUGGGCAGGGUCACCGACUUAAAAGGACCUUUAACAUCACCCCCUUUUCCACCCUCGUUAUCGGAGAGCGUUUUUUUUCUCUAAAUUUUCUCAUCCUCUUCCUUCUCCGUCGAUCACGAUCCAUAUCCUCGUUUCCAAACAAACUGAAAAGGAUGAUAUUUGACCCGUUGUCAUGUGAUAUUGUAUCAUCCUCAGGCCAAUGCAGCAUCAGGAAUGGCUGUGCACGAUGAGUGCAAGUUGAAGUUUUUGGAGCUUAAGGCAAAAAGAACAUAUCGUUUCAUUGUUUUCAAAAUUGAGGAGAAGCAGAAGCAAGUUAUUGUGGAGAAGGUGGGUGAGCCAGCUGAGAGCUAUGAGGAUUUUACUAAAAGUCUUCCUGCUGAUGAAUGUCGAUAUGCUGUGUAUGAUUUUGAUUUUCUAACGGCAGAGAAUGUCCAAAAGAGCAGGAUUUUUUUCAUUGCAUGGUCUCCUGAUACAUCAAGGGUCAGGAGUAAGAUGAUAUACGCUAGCUCCAAAGACAGAUUCAAGAGAGAACUGGAUGGAAUUCAGGUGGAAUUGCAAGCAACAGAUCCUACUGAGAUGGGUCUUGACGUUAUCAAAAGCCGUGCUAGCUGAAUAUGGAUCUUUUAGGCCUUGCAAUGGGCUUCCUCCAGGUGUCUUUACUUGAAUGAAAUGUUUAUAGGGAAUGGUAAACUUGGAUAAUCAGGAUGCCAAUUUCCAAGUUUUGCCAUAGGCUUUUAUUAAUCUCGAAGAUAAACCGGGUAUAUGUUCUUUGUUAUCUAUAGAACCUAUGUGUUGAGUGCCUUUGUGUAGUCUUAUCCCUUCAAGCUACUAUGUAACUGUUUGUGAGGGGUUAGGCGACGCUUUUAGUUCAUUUUCAAGUUUUUUUGAAUAUUGACCCCCGUCAAUUUGUUUUGGAGUGUUAAAGGGCAUGCUUUCAUGGCUUCCGAGUCAUUGAUUCUUUGCCAUAAUGAUGGAUGUGUUGAGAGAACCGAGUACGGUUCUUGCAAACAUAUAUUGUACAAUUUCUACAUUUUACUAGAUCAAACUUUUAUUGAAAUCAUGAUGAAACUAAUACCAUGUUUUGCUUAUUAA